CAAGACAAGAGAACCAAGGCAAGAGAACCAAGACAAGAGAACCAAGAUGGUGAAGUACAAAGUGACCGUGACCACAGCCGAGCGUUUACAUUCUGGCACCAAGAACCACGUCUUCAUAAAGCUGGUGGGCACGGAGGGCGAGAGCGAGCGCAAGCAGCUCUGCAGCCUCACGAGACACAAGCCCUUCACCAGGGGAGCGGUGUCAAGCUUCACCGUGUCCUGCCCCGUGUCCCUGGGGAAGCUGCUGCUGAUAGAAGUGGACAAGACGCCGCGCUUCCUGUUCCCGGAUGACUCCUGGUUCCCCUGCAAGGUGCACGUCACGUCUCCAGAGGGCGACGCCUACCACUUCCCCAUUUACCGCUGGAUCAGUGACAGCAGGGACCACCUGUUCAGAGAGGGCACAGCUCUCCAAGUGUUUGAAGACACUCAUCACCUGGGCAGGUACAGCCGGGAGCAGGAGCUGAGGUGGAGGAAGGAACAGUACUGCUGGGCCGUGCCUGUAGAGGGCGCUCCACACUGCCUCAGAGUGGACAGUCUUCACUCCCUGCCUUGUGAGGUCCGCUUCUCCUUCACCAAGAAGACUGAAUUUGAUUGGACUGCGAUCGCGGCGCUGACAGAGCUGAAGCUGAAGAGGCUGGCUGACAGCACGGACAACUGGACUGACAUCAGUGCCAUGCAGCGUAUCUUCUACAACAAAACCACCCAGCUGGCAGAUUACGUCCGGGCACACUGGAAGGACGAUGAUUUUUUUGGCUACCAGUUCCUAAAUGGUGUCAAUCCCAUGCUGAUCCGUCGUUGUUCAGCGCUGCCUGAGAAUUUCCCCGUCACCGACGACAUGGUCUUCCUUCAUGGCAGUGGCAGCUUAGCCGAGGAGCUGCAGAAAGGCAACAUGUUCCUGUGUGACUACAAGCGUCUGGAUGGAGUGACGACACAGAUCAUCAACGGGAAGAAGCAGUACCUGAUGGCGCCCCUCGUCCUGCUCCACAGGACCCCCGACAACAAACUGAAGCCCGUCGCCAUCCAGUUGAAGCAGAAGCCAGCAGAUGACAACCCGAUCUUUGUUCCCACCGACUCCGAAUACGACUGGCUGAUGGCCAAGAUUUUUGUGAGAAGUGCCGAUUUCAGCGAGCACCAGCUGAACGCUCACCUGCUGCGCACUCACCUGCUGGCCGAGGCCUUCGCCGUCUCCCUGCUGCGCAACCUCCCCAUGGUGCACCCGCUGUACAAGCUCCUCAUUCCUCACACCCGCUACACGAUCCACAUCAACCACUUAGCCCGCCUUCAGCUCAUAUCAGAGACUGGAGUUUUCACAGAGUUCUCAGCCUCGGGUGGCGAUGGCAUGGUGCAGAUCCUGCAGAGGGCGCUGUCCUCGCUGACGUACGCCUCCCUGUGUUUACCAGACGACAUCGCCGAGCGCGGCCUGGACUCUGUCCCAAACUUCUACUACAGGGAUGACGGGCUGCGGCUGUGGGACAUCAUCCACAGGUUUGUUCGGGGAGUGCUGGCCUACUUCUACAGGAGGGACGCCGACGUUCAGAGAGACUCGGAGCUGCAGGCGUGGAUCCAGGAAAUCUUCAUCCACGGCUUCCUGUCCCAGGCAAGCACAGGGAUUCCCCAGAGUUUCAGCAGCGUGGCAGAGUUGGCCAAGUUCGUCACCAUGGUGAUUUUCACCGGGUCAGCCCAGCACGCCGCCGUCAACUCCGGACAGUUUGACUACGGUGGUUGGAUGCCCAACAGCCCCACGUCCUUGCAGCGCCCCCCGCCCACCGUUAAGGGUUCAGCAGAUGAGUGCAGCAUGCUGCAGACGCUGCCCGCCACCAACACCACCGUCAACGGCAUGGCCACCCUGUGGCUCCUCAGCAGGCAGUCCUCUGACUUCGUCCCUCUUGCUCAUUACCCAGAGGAGCAUUUCGCCGAGGAAAUCCCCCGCAAACUGAUGAGGGACUUUCAAGGAGAGCUUGAAGACCUGAGUGCAGCUAUCAAGUCCAGAAACAGGAGGCUGGACGUCCCGUACACAUACCUGGACCCGGCCCUGGUGGAAAACAGUGUCUCGAUUUGA